UGCUAAUGCUCUUCUUGCUGUGGUUGUUGCUGUUGCUGUUUGUUAUGUCGUUCGUAUGAAUGGUUGCGGGUUAGUUGGUUGGUUGCUUGGUUGGCUGGUUUGCGUGUGUAUUGUAUCUCUAUCUAUACGAGUGUGUAUAACACUAUAACACACCGCGUACAACGCAAUCGUUAUCCAUGUUUGAGAAUAAGCCUGUACGGCAUAGCGGCAAAUACCAAACCAAGAGUAAAUAGCGACAAUUGAAACCAGUUCAUAUUUGUAGCUUGAAUGGUGAAGAGCGUGAUUCACCGCAUAUCGCUGCUCCGAUACCUUUGCCUGUUUUGUGUAUAAACACGUUCGCGCGACUACGACGACGACAACGACAAACAAACCGACAACACGGCAACAUUGAAUCCUACAAGUAGUCAUGGAGACAAUCGAAGCGUUUCAUUUAUGUUUUGAGGAAUGAACAACAACAAAAAAGUGAACAGUUAUCAAGAAUCAAACAGUGUGAUUAGCUGCGAGUAUUGAAAGUGAUCAUGUAUGGAUGUGAGUCAUAACUGAAGUGAUUGCAAUAACGUAAAUUCAGUUCAAUCACAUCAUUGUAUCGUCCUUAGUGGGCUUGUCCGCGUGAAUACUACUACCCAAUGUGUUGUGAGUUAAUGAACAAAGUUUGAAGAGAGAAAAAAAACGAUGAGUGAGUGCGUGAUAGAGUGUUAAGCCCAAAAGACAUCAAAUCACACACACACACACACACACACAAUGAUGCUAAAAUCGUGAAAGAACAAUCACAUUCAACAUAGAAUCAAUCAGAGAGAGAAAAUUCAACGAUCUCAUACUCGUUUACAUGCAGACAAACUAUAUGUAGCGACGACAAGGUUUUUUUUCAUUUAUUUUCGGGUCGAUUCUCGUUAUAACACAACCGCGCACCGCUGAAAGAACAGAGAAACGAAACACUCACGCAUUGGAAUACUUACGGAUAUUAAAUAAACAAAAGACACCAAAUAAUACAAACGAAACGAAACGAGCGAACAACAGAGAGAACGAACGAAAGAAAAAUAUAUAAAAUUUACCGUAGAAAAGCGAAACAAAAAGAACGCCAAAACAAGUUGAAAACUGCCUAUAGAGUUUUGUGCUGGUGUGUCGCAUCAUCGUUGCGAUGAUGGCAAAUGUAUGUGUGCAACAAUAAAACGUGCAGUGUUCCAACUGAGUGACUUGACUUCAGGAGCGCACAAAAUUGUCGGUGUAUAACAACCGAUCGCCAUAAAACGUGUAUUCUCUCUGUUCGUAUAUGUAUAUUGUGUGAGUGUUUUAUUUUUUGUUUGUUUCGUGCUUCAACUUCGUUGAUAUUUGCUGUUGUACGUGUGCUUUUGUAGUUGUUUUGAACCGUCUUUCGUUUCGGCUGUCGUUCGGAACAAUCGCCGGUAACAGAUAAACACCGUGUGUGUAUUUUUUUAUGUUUCUCAUUCGUACAGAGAAGAAAAAAACACACGGCAAUUCUGAGUCACAAAGUGUAAAUGUGUUGGUAUAAAGCGUUCGUAUGUGGAAUUUACCAAUGGACAUGACAAUGUGUGCUUGAUUUAAUGCACCGACAUAAAGGUGUGCCUGUGUAAAAGAGCUGCAUUAGGUAACACAAAACUAACGAAAUGUUCAACGAACAAAGUGAUCUACGGCCAAGAAUCAUCGAAUGAAGAGAGAAUAACGAACAUACAAGGGAAAGAGAGAGAGAAAAAAAACUUUUUUUUUACCUCAAUUCAAAACGACACACGGGCAACGGACAACUGAAAAUUUGAAAAGCCGAAACGAAACGAACGAACGGCAUACAAGAAAACCGACCAAACCAACGUUUCUGACUGUGAAACCGAAGCGAUUGUGUAUUGCCUUCGUCUAUGUGAAUGAAUGUUCCAUAUUUAUCUGGUAAUUAUUUAUUUUUUUACUAAUCGCAUACGGUUCGGCUUCUUUUUUUCAUUCGAAAUAAUCGAUGAAUAAUAAGAAAUGUGUGUACAAAGCUGCCGCUUGUGGACGUAGAGAGUGAAAUGGAUUUCGACUUUUUUAACUGAACGAAAGAGAGGAAAAAAGAAAACAGUUCCGAGCAAAAGCAUCGAAAUCAGUGAGUUUGAAUGGUGUAACGAAAAGUUCCGUUGAUUAAUUAUUUUCGAGUACUUUAGAGAUCAGUGACAAACAACAAAAGAAUUUUAACCAGAAAAAUAGUGGCCACUGGUGAAUAUUAUGUGUAAUUUUGACGAAUUUCGAUUGUUGAUGCAACAAUACGAUGGCAUCUUCAAUUGCCGAGUAUAUUGCGCGCGCGCCCAUAAUCAUUGCGAAUUUAAAUAAGACCUAAAACUGAUUUGGAAUUUGGAAAAGUUGCGCGAGAUAACGAAAUACAAACAGUGAUUCACAUAAAAAAAAUUACCGAAAGCAAAACGUACUACAAGUGUUUCCAUUCCAAGAAUUCUAACGCUCUCUACUAUCUAGCAAAGCAAAAAACUUAGUGUAACAGUGAAUAAUUGUGAUUGUAACACCUCAGAGCUGGCGAAAUUUUAAUAUUUAAUCAUAAGUGUAAAAAAAAGUAUAAAUCAUUUUUGUACAUAAUUUGACAUAUAUGAUUUAGAAAUUUCAUUGCCCCCGUUCGAAGUGCGGAUAUUGUGCGCCAAAAAGUGACAAAAUAGUUCGAAACACGAGCGAAAACAUCACAGUCGCAAAUUGAAAAGAAACAAAACACACGAAAUCAUAGUAUUAAAAACCAAAAAAAAAACUGUCCAAAAUAAAUCAAACGUAGCCAUGGUAACGCGGCAGUGUUGGCGCUAUCAGUUUAGCGUCAAAAUGUGUUUCACAUUGAUUUUAUUAUUAAUGGUACAAAUCAUUCAUGCAUCGACUGAUGAUGGUCAAAAUGCCAAUUUACAAUCGAUGCCACAAUUUAGCAGUAAUUUGGAUUCUUCCGUAUCGUCACGGCGUGAUAUUGCAUCGAUAUCGGUGACCGAAGUGAAUCGUAGCCGAAAUUUGCGUCAAGCCUACGACGAUAAUCCAUACAAAUAUACGGAAAUUUUGCCGGCCCAUUCGAAUCAUCAUUUCCACAAUGAAUUCGACAAUAAUGUCGAACGAAAUAGUUCAGAUAAUCGAAAACCAGCCUUCUAUGCAUGCAAAGAUUAUGCACCAAAAGUCAAAGAAGAGCAGCCAUGGAAUACGUUUGUGAUAAAAGUUGAUGCCGAAGAUCCCGACGAAUACGAUACCAUUACCUAUAGCUUUGAAAAAUCGGUCAACGAACGCGCCAAAUUUCGCAUCAACGAAAAAACUGGCGAAAUCACCACGUCAUACACAUUCGACCGAGAUGAACCAAUACGUGAAAAGGAGGUGUACGUAACAGUUCGAGCAACGGACAAUGGACGACCAGCACUGGACGAUGUGUGCACUUUCAAAAUCACCAUCGAAGACAUCAACGAUAAUCCGCCCGUAUUCGAUAAAGUGAAAUAUGAGCAAUCAAUCCCGGCCGAUUUGCCGGUGAACAAAGUUGUCAUGCCGAUCACGUCGUACGAUUUCGAUGACGGCGAAAAUAGCAUCAUCAAGUAUGAACUGUUGGCGGAAAAAGACUAUCAGUACUUUCGCAUCGAUGAAAACAAUGGAUUGAUUUAUCUGUCGCGACCCAUCGACCGCAGACCGGGUCAAUACUACAAUUUAAUUGUACGCGCAUCAAACAUUGUGCCCGAUCAUCCGCAAGAUGCUCAAACCGAUGUACGCAUCAAAGUCAUUGAAUCGCACAAAAAGCCACCGAUUUUUUUGGACGUACCCAAUCAACCAAUCUAUUUGCAAGAGAAUUUCACCGAUUACAGCAAAAGUUUGGUCACAGUGCGUGCAAUGUCAAAUGUACCGGAGAAAUCGGGAGUCAUUUUCGAAUUGAUCACCGGCCGUACGGAACAAACGAAUAGCAAAAAAACAUUCGUUUUUAAUCAAAGCGAUGACACCGCAACUAUUUCACUCGGAAAAUCGCUCGACUUCGAAGCCAUCACCGAAUACACGCUGACAAUGAGCGUUCGCAAUACAUGGGAUUCGAGCGCUGAAGUUAUCAUCAAAAUCAAAGUCGAAGAUGUCAACGAUAAUAUUCCAUACUUUACGGAAGUGACGAGCGGUUCGAUUUUGGAAAAUGAACCACCUGGUACACCAGUGAUGCAGGUGCGAGCAUUCGAUAUGGAUGGCACAUCGGCAAAUAAUAUCGUAUCAUUUGAAUUGGCCGACAAUACGGAAUUUUUUACCAUCGAUUCCGUCACCGGUAACAUCACCGCGCUCACCACAUUCGAUCGAGAAGAACGCGACUAUUACAAUGUGAAAGUGAUUGCCACCGAUAAUUCACCGUCCAGUCUCUAUAACACCGGACAACACAACAAAGGUCAACAAGUGUUUCGCAUUGAAAUCGCCGAUAAAAACGAUCAUAAACCGAAGUUCGAAAGCACCGAAUAUACGGUGAGCAAUUUGCGUGAAGAUGCUAAUCAAAAUUUCAAAGUGAUCGAAGUGAAAGCGGUGGACGAAGAUGACGCAUCGCAAAUAUUCUACUCCAUUGUCACCGGCAACAUUGGCAAUGCAUUCAAAAUUGAUGGCGUCACUGGUGUGAUCACUGUCAAUUCCACGCUGGACUAUGAGAAUAUCACCGAUUAUUCGUUGCAUGUGCGUGCCUACGAUGGUAUUUAUGACGAUUAUGCAAACGUUAAAAUUUCAAUUGAGAAUAUCAACGACAAUCCGCCGGUGUUCAUGCAGGAAAAAUACAGCACAACGAUCGAUGAAGAGAAAGUCGUUGAGGGAUGCAUUUUGAAUAUUGAAGCUUUCGAUCCGGAUAUCAAAGAUAGAACAGCUCCACAAUACAUCAAAUACUAUAUCGUAAAGGAAGAGCAACAGCCGUUGCUAGCAAUUGACACCAAUGGUUGUUUGCGAACAUUGAAACCGCUCGACCGUGAUGCACCUGAUGGCCAUAAGCAUUGGCAAAUUGUCAUCGCUGCCGUCGAUGAAGAUGGAAAGGGUCUGAGGAAGGCAACCGAAGUCAUUAUCACAUUAAAUGAUAUCAACGAUAAUGCACCGUUCCUCACGAAUCGAAUGCCCGUCAUUUGGGACGAAAAUCAACAGGCUGGCAACAUUGUCACACUCACCGCCGAUGACUACGAUGAACCGAAAAAUGGCGCUCCAUUUUCCUAUGCCAUUGAUGCGGAUGCGGACGAAGAUAUUCGGCUUAAAUUCGAUGUGACUAACGAUAAUUUAGUGGCAUUAGAUGUUUAUGAUCGUGAACAACAAAAGGAGUACUUCAUUCCGAUUAUGAUUAGCGAUUCCGGAUUUCCACGCAUGAGAAAUGUUAGCAUUUUACAUUUGAUCAUUGGAGACGUUAAUGACAAUCCAAUGCGUGAGGGACAGAGCAAAAUAUUCGUAUACAAUUACAAGGGAGAGGCACCAGACACGGAAAUUGGUCGUGUUUAUGUUGAAGAUCCCGAUGACUGGGACUUGCCCGACAAAAUGUUCGAAUGGAAAGACGAUAUGCCCGAUCAUCGCUUCGAAUUAAGAGAUGGUAUGAUCACUUUGCGAGAAGGAACACCAGCCGGUGAAUAUGAGCUAUUUUUCAAAGUGACCGAAGAAAGUCUUAACGUGCCCAAACACAGUGUCGAGGCCAAAGUGACUGUUACCGUUAAAGAGAUUCCAGAAGAAGCGGUUGACAAAAGUGGUUCAGUUCGUCUGUAUGGAAUCACGGCUGAGGAAUUUAUCAAACCAAAACGUCAGGCCAACGGCAACGAAAUCAGCUUGAAAGAUCAAUUCAGAAACAGUUUGGCGCGCAUUCUGAACGCAUCGAUCGAAAAUGUUGACGUUUUCACUGUACUCAAAAAUGAUAACGCAUCGGUUUUGGAUGUACGAUUCUCGGCGCAUGGCAGUCCAUACUACGAAGCUGAACGUCUGAAUGGAAAAGUUUUGUUGCAUCAACACGCGCUGGAAAAAGAGCUUGGCAUCAAAAUUUUGAUGGUUAACAUUGAUGAAUGUCUGAUCGAGCGUAGCAAAUGCCAAGCGGCCUGCACAAAUGUCCUACAUAAAUCAAGCGUUCCGUUGCUCGUGUACACCAACACCACAUCGUUCGUAGGCGUGAAUGCAUUCAUACAGGCAGAGUGUACGUGCAGUGCGCCCGCACGGCCUGUUUGCUUGAAUGGUGGAACGUUGCUAAGCGAUUUCUGUGUGUGUCCGGAAGGUUUUGAGGGGCCGCAUUGUGAGAUAAUCAACGUUGGUUUCAGUGGCAACGGCUACGCCAUGUAUCCAUCGAUCAAUCCGUGUGACUCCAUGAAAAUAACGCUCGACGUCAUUCCAAACAUAGACCAUGGAUUAAUCAUGUACAUCGGACCCAUUAAUUACAAUCCAUUGUUGCCAGUGUCCGACUUUCUGUCGCUCGAGCUCAUCAAAGGCUAUCCAGUCCUGAAUGUCGACUAUGGUACGGGAACAGCGCACGUUGAGCACAAGCACAUCAAAUUCAUUCCGGGCAAACUGCAUCAAAUCGAAAUUGUAUUGCAGAAGACCAGCAUCGAAAUGACGGUUGACAAUUGCAAAAUGUCAUCGUGCAUGACACUGGGAGCACCAGUUGGACCAAAUGAAUUUUUGAAUGUAAAUGCACCGCUACAAUUGGGCGGUUCCGCUACUGAUCUCAACACUCUGGCAAUGCGUUUCAAUUGGUCGCAUGUGCCGACGACCAAAGGCUAUCACGGAUGCAUUAAGAAUUUAACAGUCGAUGGCCGCACAUACAACAUCGGUACGCCGAGUUUGUCAAAGAAUGCCGAUCCAGGAUGUCAACGCUCCGUUGCGGUGGCCGUGUCAUUUGGCAUUAACACCAACUUUUUGAUUGCCAUUCUCGUAUGCUUGGCCAUUUUGCUAGUAUUGUUCCUGGCCGUGGUUGUGCACAAACGCCAUCACGAUGGAUGGCAUGAAAAAGAUAUGGAUGACAUUCGCGAAACAAUCAUCAAUUACGAGGAUGAGGGUGGCGGCGAACGCGACACCGACUAUGAUUUGAAUGUAUUGCGAUCGCCACCGAUCUACGAAGACAAAUCGUUUGUCAAAGAUCAUAUGCUGCGACAAGAGCCGCACGAAGUGCCCGACAUCGGUGGCUUUUUGGUUGAUAAAAAAGACACAUGUGACAAAGACACAGACGCACAUCCACUCGACGAUGUUCGUCAUUAUGCGUACGAAGGUGAUGGCAAUAGUUCGCGCAGCAGCCUAUCCAGUUUAGCAUCAUGUACAGAUGAUGGUGAUUUGAGAUUCGAUUAUCUGUCGAAUUUCGGGCCAAGGUUCCGAAAAUUGGCCGACAUGUACGGUGAAGAGCCGUCCGACGUUGAUUCAAAUGUUGACGACGAGGAUUGGAGAAUAUGAUCGUAUCCAAUGUACGUGUAUGCACGUUACUAGAAACACAAAUAAAAGAAAUAAACACAAAAAAUCGACAAACAAAAUAUUCGAAAUCUAGCAACAAUUUAAGAACGAAAACAAUUGCAUGUGUUAACAAAAACGAAGAAAAUGCAAGCAACAAAAUCGAGAAAAAUUCAGUAUAAGGAGCCAAUCAUCAGUGUGACAACAAAGCGGAGAAAUGAAAAGAACAUCGAACAACAGCGUCCCAAUACCGAAUUAGAUUGAAGUAAAAUGUCGAACAAAAAACAAGCAUGAAAACAAACAGCAGAUAAUAAAAUAAUCUACGUUAAAACAUAAGGAACUCAAUCAUAUAAGUAGUCGCAUCGCCAAAGACUUCAUUAACUGACAAGUCGAACUCAAUGCGCGGUAAUAAUCAUUUGUUGCUUGACCACAAUUACUAAUUUUCCAAAGAAAAGAAUUCAACGCCAAUUGUUUUUUAUUGUGAAAAAAAAGAACAAAAAGUCUUCGUUGCACGAAAUAUUGGACAAAUUUUUUUCUUCAUUUCAUUUAUGCUAAUAUACCUUUAAAAAACAAAUGUCAUUCAGCCGGUUAAGUGACUGUCGAAAUCGAAACUAUUGAAAAAUGGAUUAAGAGGGAGAAUGAUGGAAGCGCCAGAAUGAACUCAAUUCAACAAACACUCUCCAUGUCAAAGCGGUUAAUUCUAUUUUCUUCUUUUUUUUCCAUCGUCUUCUUUUUGAAAAUGGAGAGAGUGGACGUAAAUUUUUCAGCAUAAAUUCACAGUGAAAAAUUGAUGACAGACAAAAGUCAAUUUACAUUUAAGUAAGAGAACAAAAAAAACAAACUAUGUGGGUCAAAAGAAGACCGAUGAGAUAAUUUCCUUUAGCCAUUAAUACACGUGUACAUUACUACAUUAUAUCGCAUUUAGAUCAUAGGUCAUGAAAAAAUUUAAAUAAGAAGCUCUUUUAGACACAUUUCCAAUGCUGAGAUAACGAUUUAUUUACAAAGCAAAAAAGACUUAAUUUUACGCCUAAAAAUGUAUUAUCGAAUCAAUGAUGGAAUAUUAAAGGUUCUUUAAGUUCAAAA